AGACGGAGUAUUUUGCUGAAUGACUCAUCGUUUAUCGUCGACGACUCGGAAGAGUGUGUACUUUGAGAAACAGUUGUCGCGGAAACACAGUGUCUAUAAUAGAUCCAAGUCAGUUCACUUCUUUAAACAAAAAUAUUCAACCUUCACUCACCAUCUCUUACAAUUCAACCUGUAAAUAAUUAACAAACACAGCCAAAUCUAAAAUCUUUUGCAAUGAGUAUCUUAAUAAUUUUAAUUAUUAUAAUUGCGUCGCUAGUGCUCUAUUAUUGCUAUUUGAAAGAAGAAGACCUUUUUAAAACACAUGGUUUACCUUUCAAAAUGUCUGUUCCCGUGCUCGGUAGUACGUGGUCAGCCAUGAUAUCCUUCAAACCAUUCGCCAGUGUGGUGCAAGAGAUAUACAAUACGAAUCCCGAAGCGAAAUACGUUGGAUUGCAUCAUCGUAUGGCGCCGGUGAUAAUGAUACGUGAUCCGGAGCUACUAAAAUCUAUCGCGAUCAAACAUUUCGAUCAUUUCCCUGAUCACCGUAGCUUCGGUAGUCUUAACAUCGAUCCAUUUUUCGCUAAAAACCUAUUGCUCCUUCGAGGAGAAAGAUGGAAAGAAGUUAGAGCACUAUUAACACCAGCGUUCACAUCUAGUAAGAUGAAAGAGAUGUUCAAAUUGAUGUCCGAAUGUGCUGCGAACAUGGCGGAUCAUUUGGCAGCCUUGAAAGAAGAAAAUAAUGUGAUAGAACUGAAGGACAUCUUUACUAGAUUCGCCAACGAUGUUUUCGCGAGUUGCGCGUUCGGAAUUAGUAUCAACUCGAUGGUCGAACGGAACAACAAGUUCUACGUUCUUGGCAAAGAGAUUCUGGACCUCCACGGUGGCAAUGUCUUCAAGUUAUUGGCAAUGAUCCUUUUUCCAAGAUUCUCCAAAAUGCUCGGUUUAAGGAUAAUAAGAAAAGAAGUUGUGAACUUCUUCGAGGAGGUAGUGUCAGCUACAAUUGCUACUAGACAGAGGACAGGCAUCUAUCGCCCAGAUUUCAUUCAACUGAUGAUGGAGAACAGAACUAAAUUAGGUCCGGAAAAACACCUGAAUAACUUGGAUAUCGCCUCUCAGGCGUUUACUUUCUAUUUUGGAGGUUUCGAGACUACAUCCACCCUUUUAUGCUUCGCUAGUCACAUGUUAGCAGUGAAUCCUGAGAUUCAAAAGAGGCUGCAGGAAGAGAUCGACCAGGUCCUAAUGAAUUCUAAUGGUGAAAUCCCUUAUGAAACCAUGAAUGGAAUGAAGUAUCUCGAGGCUGUAAUUAACGAGACUCUGAGAUUGUACCCGGUAAUACCUUUCACUGACAGAGAGUGCGUGAAACCUCUAGAGUUGCCUGCAGCCUUACCUGGGUUGAAGCCAUUUAAAAUGGAAAUGGGCUCACAUAUUUGGAUACCCAUUUAUGCGAUUCAACGUGAUCCGAGGUACUUCGAUGAGCCCGAACAAUUUGAUCCUAGCCGAUUCUUGAAUAAAGAAGUUAAUUUAACUAAUUCUGGUGCCUUUGAACCUUUUGGCAUUGGACCCAGAAUAUGCAUCGGUAACCGGUUCGCGAUGUUGCAAAGUAAAGUUGCAUUAUUCCAUAUUCUUGCCCGCUGCGAACUGAAAGUUGCCACGAAAACUGCGGUACCUUUGAAGCUUGGAAACGGAGGUGCAUUCCUGAAGGCUGAAAAUGGAUUUUGGUUGGAAAUUCAACCGAGGAAUAAUCAAGAUGUGUUUAUUAAUUGAAUGAAGCUUAAUUGAAAUGCUACUAUUAUUAGAGUUGAAAUUUUUAGAAGAAGGUUUCGUUGCUGAGACAUGAAUUUUGUGUCUACAAUUGCUCGAGAUACUGUAAAUAUAUUUUGAUUAUUAAACAAUUUGAUCAUCAGCAUCAAUUAAUUACUAUUCCUUGUUAAUUACGGUGGGAACUCGUAUUUUCAAUUUUUUUACAAGUUUUCUUAUUAUUUGUAAUACACUGAUAAUAAUCUUGCUCAAUGAUCGACGUCAGUAACCGUAAUUACAUAUUUUGUACCUGAGUCGUACGUAUAUGUAGGUAUAUAUACAUAUAUAAAUGCGCGAAAAUGCUGUUUGAACUUAUUACAAUGUGUAUUAAAGAGAACUUUCUAGAAGUAAUUGCAUUAUCCAAAUUUUAUAGGCAUUUAUGAAAAUGUAAUACUUGCAUCAGACGUUGACCAUUUUUGAAAACGAGAAAACUAGUAAUUGACAAUUGGGGGAAUAGAAGGACAAAUACAGAUGAAAAGAAGUUAAUUCUAUACAAAAUCUAAUUCAGGAAUGGAGUAAAUGCUUCGAGUUUCGUUUGAUUCGGUAGGCUUAUUAAUAUGAGAAACUAUAUUAUUAAUAUUUUCGUAGGAAAAUAUUCACCUUUACAUAAAAAUAUUGUAUAUUCAUCUUCAGUCCUUUUAAUAGGUAGACAUUUAUGAUUGUUCGACAAUUCAUUUCCUUCCGUAGACUCUUCGUUACCAUCAAUUUCUACAUAAUCGGAAAUGUCUAAGUAAAUGCACUUUAAUAUUUUGUUGAUUUUAAUUGUACUACGUAAGUAGUUAUUGAAUAAAUUUAAACUCCACUAAAUUGAGUCAAUAAUUGACCGUAGUUUCAGUUAAUAGUUGACCAUAUAGCCGUCUACUAAAAUGCAUUAUAUUUCAAGUUCGAAAGUUUUGUUCUGUAUUUCUGAUGAAAUUAUAUGUAAAGUGGAUAUACUGUAAUCAGUUAAUAAAUUUUAACAAUUUAUGUCAGUAAUUCACUACACUUGUCAACUUUUAGAAAUAAUAAGAAUGACAAGAUACAAUAGAUAACCUUACUUUUAAUUAUGUUCUUUGAGGUUCGGAUAACAGAAACAUGACAUUCAUUAAAUAUAAAACUAUUGCAACUUAAGUAAUGCAGGAUUCGGUCAUAAAAAGUUAAAAGCUUAGGAAUUUUUUACCGUGAAUUAUACGCCGUUCCUUAACGACAGCAUUAAGGAAAUUACACUACGGAGGCAUACAACCAACAUCAAUGAAAUAAAUCGUUACUUUUAAUGAUAAACAGUUUAAUUUAGGUAAAAGUAUAUCGGAGUUGAGUUGGUAGAUGCUGCAACAUAUCUAUCGCGCCUUUAGCAAAAGAUUAUUACUUUUAAAAAUCUUAUUUUUUACGUUUUCUUGACAAAUGGUUCAGUGAGUUAUAUAUCCCCUUUUAUUCGUGCGCAAUAAUUUCCAAACAAUCUGUAUCUUUCUAAAUUGUUUAUAAUGUACUUUGGGAACCUAUACAGAAAAAAGUAUUCAAUAAAAACUGCAGAUCGCAUGGUACUCUAGAAGAAGGGACAGCUAAUUACUGAUAUGUUCCAUCACGUUUCAGAAUACACACAGUCCCACUUUAAUCUGUAAAUAAAAUUAUUUCCGGAACUAAUUGUUCUUUAAAAAUUAUGAAAAAUGUUAUUUUGUCUGUUGCGAUAGACUUUCGACGGAGAUAGAUUAAAAUAAUUUUAUAGAGAAUGAUCCGCCGUAACUGAUCGACGUAAAAAUAUUAUGUAACAUUAUUAAUACUAUUUCCUACCCACGUCCCUCUAAAGACAAACCAGGCGUACUAAAUUAGCGGGCGCUCAAAACAAACAAAAAUUGCACUUGAGUAAUUUUUUAAGCAACGAAUAAUUUUGCAGAUAUUCCUGAGAGCAAUGAAGGUACAAGAAAUUGAAUAAAUCAUUCUCAAUGGUAUCAGUACCGCACGUGUUACAUAAGAUGUACAGUUGUUUGCAAUGUCAAUUGAGGGCUGUGUUAUUACAUUCAAUUUCCAUUUAAAGGUUGUGUAUAACUUGGAAACAUGUAACAAUGAUUUCCCGUGUAUUUUUGCUCGUAUGCAAAUUUAAAAUUUUUCCGUACUUUUAUAAUAUUUAUUUUAUUUGAUUCCGCGUAAUGUCUAAUAAAGAAUAUUUAAAUUUACAAUUAUCAUAAAGAUUUAAUUGUACAAAUAGUUCACCUGAAAGUGGUCCAAAGUUCAAGUGUUUUAAGUAAUUUUGAAAAGAUUUGCAAUAUAGUUAAUGUGUUCACAGUUCAUCUUUGAAGUGACUGAAAUGAUUGUAUUGACAGAACAGUCUUGUCGUUUUGGUUUCACUGCUACAUUCGACUAGUGUUACGCAAAUGAGUAUAUACCUAUCUUUAGAUAAAAAUUGUCAAACAAAACAAAGUAGGCAACGCAUAGUUUAAUAAAACUUAAAAAAUGAAAUUUUCUUAAAAAGUACAAGAUUUUUUGGGCGACCUAAUAUAAUCAGAUAAUUCCUCUUAUCAUACUUACUGUUGACAGACAAUAAAAAAGUGGUAAAUAGUACCACGCUAGUUUGAGUUGACGAAUGUAAAUUUCUUUUAAGAGUUAAUUCCAGUGAUUGAUUUGUUCAGAUGGUAAAAGGAUUAGAUUAAUAAUUAUAUAGGAUGUACUGAAUAUCGUGAUGUGAAUUAAUCUCAAUGAUUACACCGUGAUUAAAAUUCUAAAGCUAUCAGUAAAUUUUACUGCGAAACAUAUAUAUAGAAAGGAAUACGCUAUGCUUAAAACAUGAGGUACGUCGGGAAAUUGGUAUCAGUGUCAGAGAGAUAAGACAACAAUGCCUGUUGAGAUAUGUUCUUUUAUAGAUAAUUCCUUUAAAAAGGAGACAUAGAAAUAAUAUGAGUUUACAACAGUAUAAAAUGUAUUAAACUAAUAAUUUUGUUGGUAUUAUUUUCAUAACGAUUAAGUCGCGAUAAUGAAGUCAAAAUUUAUUUUAUUUACUUAAAAAAGUAUUGGAUUGUAGUUGAAAUACAAUCUUUUCAUAUUUUGAUCCAAUUUUUAUGCAACAUGAGAAUAAACAUUUAAAUUUAAAAACACUGCUAUUUUAUUCAGAAAUUAUGUAUUAAAUAAUGCUACUUCUAUGAAAUGUUAUAUUUAUAUCAAAAUAUUAUACGCUUAAUUUGUUGCAUCACUCAUUAACAAAAUAUCAAAACUGUAAAGCAGUUCUAUAUUAUAAUUUAUUAGAAAUUUCACACUUUGUUAUACCCGGGGCAGCAGGUUCUCCUGAAAUAUGUACCUUUAAAUAUUAUUUAGAAGCAGAACAUUGCCACUUAAUUCUAGGAAUAAAGUAAUCUUAUAAAUUAUACCUCAUUCAAUUUAUAUGUAAAUUAAUCGAAUAUUGUGUAUUUAUGUACACGAACUACCCCUCCAAAUCUAAAACACCAAAUCAAUUUUAAAAAAAUAAUAAAAGAACAAUAAGAACUUCAACAUUCAACUGUUUUCAAUGUUAUUUGACGUCGUUGUAAAUCAAUAUAAUCUGACACUUACAUGUAGAAAGAUACUUCUACGUCAUGCGACAAUAACAACGAAUUGAUCUGCGAUAAAAGGUACCA